UUUUUUCUCAUACUUACAGGAAAAGCCUUCAUAGCUGUUGUACAGAGCUCGGUGUUACAGCAGUUUGUGCCACAGUUAUGUGUUGCUUCAGCUACUGCCUCCUCCUCCUCCUCCUCCUCCUCCUGUCUCUAGACUAUGGUUGUACUAAUUACAAUGGACAGGACAAAGAGUACAAGACAAUAAAAGGGACCAUCGGCAAGCCUCUCUAUCUUCCUUCUAAUAUCACAAAUCCCAAUCUGAAACACUGGCUGAAGAAAGUGACGAACAAUGCCAGGACCAAAAUAUUACUGUAUGAUCCAAAGAACAAGGAGAAAUAUGUUUCCAAUGAGGUUCCAUUCAGAUUCAACACCAGUAAGAUGGUAUUUGAGAUUCUCAGGGUGCAGAGAAAGCACGAGGGACGUUAUAUCAUCAUAGAAGAAGGAGAUGGAGAACUUGAACUUGACAAAUUCCAUAUAAAAGUUUACGAACCAAUAACCAAUGUAUCGAUUGGGCAGACGGAAACCCCUAUGAUGAACGACAGCUGUUUGAUUACACUCAACUGUACGACACUGGGAGGAGAUGAUGUGAUCUACAACUGGACCCAAAACCGGGAAUAUUUACAGAACAACAGCAGCGUCUUAGAAGUCACUCUAUUACCUGACAGUGCCAGCGUCUCUUAUACCUGCAGAGCCACCAAUCCGGUCAGUCACGGCUUUGCCUCCAUCAACCCCCUGGCAACCAGAUGCAGCACUAAGUCAGAGCAGAGAUGGGACAUACUUCUAAAAGUGGUUGUUGCAAUUCUAUUGGCAGUUCUUGCGCUGACAUUACUUACUGUCCUUUACAUAUAUCAACCAACAAAGAAAGGAUCAUUUUCGUUGGAUCCACAAAGACAACAUCCAGUGCCGGAGCCAUAUCCAGAGCCGGAACCUGUGCAAACAGAAAUUAACACAGUCUAUGCGGCUGUACAGAAAAUGCAGGCUCCAGUGCAUUCACCAACUGCAGGACCUUGUACUAUAUAUGAGCUUGCAGGCCCAGUGGGGAAUCAUUCUCACCAGUCCGCGUACCCUGAAAGAACCAGCGGCUUCAACUCAUAACUGGCUCUCUGAACAACAUGUCCAGGUCAAGACACACAACUGGUAUUUUCUUCCUUCUGAAUUUUGACUUCUUCUGACUGACUUCUUCCACCGACAAUUUUGGGAAUCUGAUCCGUUCUGAACAGGAUUUACCCAAUGGCCUAUAAGAAUUGGAUGCAAGAGAAAGAACUGGAUUACCCUGAUUGGAUACUCAAUAUCCAAAAGAUCAGCAGAGGUUGUUUAGGCCCCAGGCCUAGAACUUGAGCACCUGUAUGAAGUGCCUACUUGUGCAUCCAUGGCUUCAGUACUGUACCCCCUGGUGUUCAACAUACACUGUGUCCUGUGGAAAUACUGUACAUAAUUUAGGCACAACUCUCUUACAAACACUCUGAAAUGGCCGGGAAGGUUUCAGUUCACUAAUGGUGGUGUCUUGUUGUCCCCAUGUAAUGCGACUGGUGUCAUAUGGUCUUCUUUGCCUCUACUGGGAUAAUGGUGGGGUGGUACACAGGGGACAGUAAUCCAGAGGGACUUUCCUGUACUUUACUUACUGGGAGUUGUGUGCUUAAUCACAUGGCAAUAUAUGGGAUAAAUUUAGGGAUUCUAGUCACUGAGCCACACUGAGGCCAUUCAUGAGAUGCCUCUUUUCAACCUCCAAGUGCUGACCUUUCCUGUCCCAGAGUGGUCCGGUGGGGGGGCUCUUUUAAGAGGGCUCUUAAAGUUUUUUUGCUGACCCUGGUAACUUGUGGGGCACUGCCACCUGAGUCAUGGCAGGAGCACCCUUGGAUGGUAGUGAUGUGUGGGUCGAGUUUUUCACGACCCAUACCUGACCUAGACCCGACCUCCCUCAAUCCCAGCCCUACUUCCCCCUUCCUUUUAUAGACCAGCGAUGACAUCACAAAAGGGGCAGGGCGAGCAG